CAUCGUCGACUGAAGAGACCCGAGACCGUACUCAAAACAGAGUCCAUUUCUACACUUUCCCUUCGCCGGGAAGUUUGUUUCUUGCCGGGAAUUAUGGAGUUUCGAAUGGUCGGUUGCGUUGCAGGUACGGUCUGUGCUCUCUGACCGUAUCUGGUUUCCCCAAGCGAAAGCGACCUUACUUGCCUGAGUUUUGAAGUUAUUCCAUAUUGUGUUUACAAGAUUAGGAAAAAACUUCAUUAUAAUUAUUAGGGAUUAGGUUUCUGAGUUUUUGCUAUCUCAAAUUUAUCUUCAGUAUAUUUAAUUUGAGAUGCGCUUCAGAGAUGUCGAUGAAGAUUCUAAUCGAACUGUAGGUUAUCGAGUUCACAUUUUUCAUCUUGCUAGCGUAACACUGUUUUGCUUGUUCUAUACACACACUUGUCCGUUUUCUAAUCCUGAAUUAACCGAAGGAAUUAAUGAAUACGAGCUUUCAAUUUUGGAAAAUGAUGGAGAUAACAGUUGUUGAGAUCUGAUUAUCUGGAGAGGUACUGAAAUUCGUUUGAGAGAGCUUACAUUUCAAAUGAAGAUCCAGCCAAUCGAUUUUGAUACAGCCGAAGAAGCAGCUCGGUUUGAGCUUGUGAAGCCGGUCGUGAAGUCGAAAUUGAAGCGACUAUUUGAGAGACAGUUCUCGAACGUACUGAGAAAUUCGGCAGAGAAGGCUAACUUUGAAGAAUCGAAUGUUAACAAGGACAGCUCCGACGGCGUCUCUUCUGAGUUGGAGCCUAGCUCUCUAUGCUUGGCGAAUAUGGUUCAGAAUUUCAUAGAGGACAACAAUGAGAAGCAAUUUAGCGCGUCUCGGUGUGGCCGCAGUCGCUGCAACUGCUUCAAUGGAAACUAUACGGACAGCUCCGAAGAGGAAUUGGAUCCACAUAGUGGUUUUGGCGAUUCCAAUUUUUCCUCUGGUGGUGAGGCAUGGGAACUUCUGAAGAGCUUAAUCCCCUGUACGAAUGUUCACGAGAGGAAUUUAUUAGCGGAAACAGCCAGAAUCGUAGAGAAGAACAAGGUGUGCAAGCGUAAAGACAACUUAGCAAGGCAGGUUGUUACUAAUGGAUUGUUGGCCCUUGGAUACGAUGCUUCCAUCUGCAAAUCUCACUGGGAAAAGUCCCCCACACAUCCGGCCGGGGAUUACGAAUAUAUUGACGUGAUUAUUGACGGAGAACGCUUAUUGAUAGACAUCGACUUUCGAUCAGAAUUUGAAAUUGCGCGGUCAACCAAAAGCUACAAAGCGAUCCUCCAACUCAUUCCUUAUAUCUUCGUCGGCAACCCUUGUCGGCUUCAGAGGAUCGUAUCGAUCAUAUCAGAGGCUGCAAAACAGAGCUUAAAAAAGAAGGGGAUGCCUGUUCCGCCAUGGAGAAAAGCCGAGUAUGUAAAAGCGAAGUGGCUCUCUCCUCAUAUUCGUGCGUCAUCUUUGUCGAGUUUGGGUCCAGAUCCUGAGUCAAAGCAUACUCUUGGAAACAUCCAAAUCAAUCUCCGUCCCGGCGCUGAGAAAUCGGUGGAUCCUAACGAGUUGGGAGGGGUUGAGACUGCUGCCGUUGUAAAAGAAUGGAAACCUCCGGAGCUUAAGCCAAAAAGUUCAUCGAUUGGGGCUAGAAAUCUUAAGAUUGUAACUGGGUUGGCAUCGGUUAUUGAGGACUAGCCAUGAAAUUUUGGUUUUGUUUCUUUUUAUCCUUUUUGGGUUUUUAACUACCGUAAAAACAAAUAGUUUAUACGCAAGCUAUCAUGGUGUUAACCUUCAAAUCCCCUUCUGGUUUUUGUGUAAGGGUUUGGGUUUGGAUAUUACUGGUAUCAAUAAAAUUUGAAAGAUAAAUAGUUAAGAACUAUUAAGUUUGUGAAGGCAUUUUCUUCCCACCCACCAUAAGAAAAACCCCUCUGGAAGAUCAAAUGGUUUCUGUUUAGAUCUUUAAUUGAAGGUGCAGUUGUAAGCAACGAAGGUAAAGAAGCAACUCACUGCAGUUCUUCAAUGAUUUUCUAUUCAGGUAAUAAUGUUUCGAUAUUUCACCACUGAAAUGCUUGUUUUGUUCUUGAGGAUGGCAGGAACUGAUUUUAUGAUUGAAGAAGAUUACACCGGAGUAUCGUUGCCUCGAGCAGCGUGAGGAUGCGUGAGAAAUGUUAGCCCUUUCUAGAAAUCCCUUGCAGAUAAAAAAAUGAUUCAAAGAAAGGAGAGCCAAUUUUUGUUCAAUUUGCCUGGAUUUGGGUUUCUGCUGUUCUGAAGUUCAUGAUUCGAGCCAAUUUUUAUCCUAGGGUGUUGUUUAAUGAUUAAUCUGCGGUUACUGAACAUGGGGUCGAAUCCACCGUUCAGCAUGUGGGCCUUUGACUCGAUGCUUCCUUCCCUCUCCCCAUGGUUUAAGAAUCUACACCCUAUUUGUGGAAGCAUGGGAAUGUGGGCGUGGGGCUAAGAAAUAGGCAGAACUUGGGUGGCAUAGCCGAAGAAGGCAAAAAUAAAAAGUACUAUGAGGCUGGGCUGAAAGAAAUUGGUUGCAGCCCAGUUGGUGAAGUAUUGCUAGUACUGUUACAAGAAUUUCUUUAAUAGAAGAAAGCAAAAAGGAAGAGAGGAAAAAAGGCAUGGUCAACAUCAUAUAAGACUUUGCUGUCAGAGACUCUAGGUUGCUUGCUAACAUUGUAAAGAGAGCUUUAUUGGAAGUUGGGCAAGGCAGGCUGCUCUUUUUAGACAUGGGGAUUCUGCUCCUUUUGGCAAGCAGAGCGAAGGCAAAAAGGUAUUGGUUUCUUAUGACCAUGGAAGUCAAUUUUUUUGUGCUAUUCACAUUCUACGCCUCCAUGGUACACGCAGUGGCCCUAAUGAGCCCCAACUCCACCACCCUCUUGCAUGGCUGCAUCUCAUGUUUGUUGGCUUUUAACUAAAAGAAAAAUAGUGUUUUCCAAGAUAAUAAAGACUUGGAGAGAGCUCCCAACUUUAUUUUGCCUUUGGGCAGUUUUCAAACUAAUGCAUUGAAAAUGAUGUUCGAACCUGCAAUCUAAAAGUAAAGUUCUAAUGCCAUGAAUCAUGAUAUUUAGCUCUACAUUUUGCUUAAUCCUUUAUAUAUGGAACGGUAGUGUAAUUCUUCUUGGAUCAUUCUCAUAAUAGGCCAUUGUGAUGAGUAUUGAUGAGCAUGGGUUAUUUUUGGAAUGCGUUCUUGUGUUAUUUGAACAUUGAAAGAAUGAUACAUACAUAAAUACCAAUUGUCAGUCUAAA